AUGAGGACCAGAUACCAACGACUGCUGCCAGGCACAGCCAAAUCCAACAGCCCCGGCGGACGGUCCAGCAGCGCGAGCACGAACCGAGAUGCAGCCCCGCUGCCUACCUGCUUCGUAAACCCCAUCGCGUGCGAGAGGUGCCGCCGGAAAAAGGCCAAAUGUGAUGGCGAAAGACCGACCUGCGAUCGCUGCCUGCGAAACAACACGAGCUGCCAGUACGACGCAGAUGUCGGCGAGUCCCGCUCCUCGGCGCUCAAGAAGAAGUACGGCGCGCUGGAGAAGGAGACGGGCCAGCUCAGGAAGGAGGUUCACGAGCUGAAGCGCCUCUACGAGUACAUCGGCGCGUCGUCCGAGGACGAGGCGUACCGCGUCUUCCAGCACAUCCGGGCCAGCGGCAACAACAACCCCAUCGACGCCCUGCGGUCCUUUGACCGGAACGACUUCCUGACGGCGGAGUACACAGAGUCCCCCGCCUCCACCGAGAUGUCCGACGACACGGGCAUCGAGCCGACCACCAAUGCCCUCAUCAACGUCAGAGCUCUGCCCUGGUCCGUCGUCGCCAGCGACCAGGUCGUGUCCGAGCUCAUCUCGCAGUACUUCACCUUUGACUACCUAUACGUUUACCCUCCCAUUCACCGUCUCACCUUUCUCAACGAAAUGAGGUUGGGAAACGUCGCCGCCGCGGCAUGCUGCUCGCCGCUGCUCGUCAACGCCAUUUGUGCGCAACAGUGUUUUCUCUCCCUGAAACAGUAUCUAGAUACCACUCUGCGUGAGGAGCUGGCAGACAGGUUCCUGCAAGAGGCACACAGGCUCCUCCAAAGCGAAGGGUGUCGGCCGUCUCUUCCAGCCGCCCAAGCCAUCUGCCUGAUAUGUGCUGCCGAGACCGCCAAAGGUCAACUCAAGUCUGCCGUCAUCACCAAAGUAGAGGCGGCGUAA